AUUUGUUACUCAAUUGCUUCUGAAAUCUUUUUUCUAAGUAUUGCCUUUUUUUGUGCAACAAUUAUAAGUAUUGUCUCUGAAAUCAUAAUAGUACCUUUAAUUAUUGACUCUCUUUUAGUUAUUAAGUACACUGUUCCAAAAACAAUUUUCAGAUUAAAAAAAUAUCUUGAUUUUAUUUGUUUUGUCAGCAAAAAAACCUUGAAUCUAACGGCGAGGAAAUUCAAAACAAAAUCCGACGAUGGAAACUUGAUAAAAAUCAGAACUGGAGGGCAUAUAUAUGAGUUGUACACACAUCCCACACUACUCACUCCCUUUUAAAAUAAACUAUUUAUUAAAGUUAAAAAAACUAUUUAUCUUUAUUAAUAUAUUGUCUUAUCAUGAGGUGAUUAACGUGGCAUCUAGAGGAUUGCUUGGCCUGAGAAAAAUGGGGAGGAAGACGUGGUUCGACGACGACGGGAUGAAGAAAGGAGAGUGGACGGCGGAGGAAGACCAAAAGCUUGUUGCUUACAUCAACGAGCAUGGCUUAUGUGAUUGGCGUUCUCUCCCCGAACGAGCUGGUCUGCAGAGAGGUGGAAAGAGCUGCAGAUUAAGGUGGCUUAACUAUCUACGGCCUGGGAUUAGAAGAGGCAAAUUCACUCCUCAAGAAGAAGAAGCGAUCAUCAAACUUCAUGCUGUUCUCGGAAACAGGUGGGCAGCCAUAGCGAAGAAGAUGGAGAAUCGAACAGACAACGACAUCAAGAACCAUUGGAACUCUUGUCUCAAGAAAAGACUGUCGAAGAACGGAAUCGACCCGAUGACCCACGAGCCCAUUAUCAAUAACCUAACCGUAACGACCACUAACGAAGAAGAAUGUGGUAGCUCUCCCACGAAUACGUCGCUGACAACGGAAAGCCAUUUUUCCUCCUCACCUUCCGGGUCGGCUUGUCUCCUGAACAAGCUCGCCGCAGGUAUCGCAUCUAGACAACACGAUCUCGACAGGAUUAAGAACAUCUUGUUGGACCGGAAAAUCACCAUCAAUGAUCAAGACGAAGAAGGAGGAUUAAGGAGGGACCAGAAGAUUGGCGAAGAAGAUGAUUUUCUGAUAUGGGACGAUGGAGAAGUUAGACGUUAUAUGGACACUGACCCAAUGGAGUACGAGACGACACCGUAUGACUCAGUCUUGUACGAGAGUACUCAGAUACUUGAUUAUCUCUUCUGACUCAGUCCAGUGCUAGUGUUUGUGUGUUAUUAGCAUAUGGUGUAUUGUAGCAACAAAGAAAAUUAAUGUGAACCACUUUGACCAAGAGAAUGAUUCCCUAAAGGGAAAGUCUUUUAGUACAUGGUUUUUGAUUAA